AUGACUGAUAACGGCGGAGUGUUCGCGCCGGCAGCGUUCUGGUCAGAUAAAGGAUCGUCGCCCCCGAUACCGUGGGAGGAGUGGAUUGAAAACUUCGAAGUUUAUCUGAUCGCUCGCGGAAAUACGUCGACAUGGACCGUCGAGAGGAAGGUAGCCACGCUGAAACAUUGUUUAGGUGUGGCAGGUCACGCGGCCUACCGGGAAAUCGAAAGUAUGCCAGCAGUAGGAGCAACCGAAUACGAGAAAGUGGUGUUCAGACUGUCCAAGAGGUUUGCGGUGGAAAAAGGCCUGGCGGCAAGAAGAAUGGAUUUCGCAGCGCGCAAACAAAAUCAGGGAGAAAGCGUGCGGGAGUUCGUCGGAGCCCUUAGAAAACUUGCGGGAAAAUGCAUGUUCCCGAUCACCGCCGACGAUGCGAUCAUAACCCAACUCACGGUGAAUACCACCAGCGACGCUGUGCGAGAAAAGUUACUGAACGCGAAAGAAGGAACGUCUUUCGAAGAACUCAUCGCUUUGGCAACACGAACUGAAAUCAACGAAAAAGAAGCAAAGUCUCUCGGUAACUCAGUUAACGGUCACUCAAUGUUCGACAAAACGGAUAUCAAUCAAGUGAGGUCCCAACGUGGAGCCGGAUAUCGAGCACGUGGAUCAACCUCUCGGCGAACUCCGAUGCUCAACAGUGCCUCGUGUGGGAGGUGCGGGAACACUGGGCAUGAUGCUCAGUCGAAUAAGUGCCCAGCAAGACGAGUGGAAUGUUGGAGGUGCCGCCGUGAAGGCCACUAUGCUAAAUUCUGCGGCAGCAGAAAUCAAAUGGGAGUGAACUACGUCGAUACGUCGCUGGAAGGAAACGAAGCCUCACCGGUCGUCGGAGACCCAUACGAAGAGGAACCUACAGCGAGUUAUCGGAGCAUGGGCGCAAUAAACAGUAAUGUCCAAAUUUACUACUUGAGUUAUCAGCCAUUAGGUAAUCAGAUCCUAGUAAUGGCGGAUAUUGAAGAUAGGAAAAUCAAUUUUCUUGUUGAUACUGGAGCGUCAGUCUCAAUCCUCAAUGUACAAGACUUCGGCGGGAAAGUGUCCGAUCUGACGAAAACCCCGAUUGUGCUGAAAUCCUACAAGGGAGAAUGUAUAGAAAACUUGGGAUAUUUCAGAAGUACGGUUCGGGUUGGAGAGCGUGUGGCGGCAUGCGGAUUUUUCGUGGUCCGAAGCGGUCGCUCACUGCUGGGUUGCGACGCGCUGCAGGCCUUGGGUCUCAGAAUUGAUUGUUCGCGGAUGAAAUGCGAGAUAAACGAAAUCACGGAAGAAAACGUGAGGGAAAAGUUCGGCGAUCUGUUUGAGAACCGACUCGGAAAGGUUCUCGGAUUCGAACACGCGGUUAGGGAGAAGAGAGGAGCACGGCCAUUACAACAAAAAGUCAGGCGGCUACCUCUGACCGUCAGGGAACAAGUGCGGGAGGAGCUCGAGCGGUUGGAAACUUCAGACGUGAUCGAACGUAUCGAGUCGUCGGAGUGGAUAUCCGCGUUGGUGGUGGUGUCGCGGAAAGAUGGCCGAAUACGGCUGUGUGUGGAUUUGCGAGCGGUAAACGCGGCGAUAGUUGCUGAUGUUUUUCCGCUCCCACACUUCGAGGAUUUGUUGACGAGACUUGGUAGUGCGAGAGUGUUUUCGAAGUUGGACGCGCGCUCGGCAUAUCAUCAGGUCGAGUUGGCGGAAAACUCGAGAGAUCUGACCGCAUUCAUCACCCCAUGGGGAUUGUUUCGGUUCAAGCGAGUUCCUUUCGGCUUGGCGUCGGCCCCUGCGGCAUUUCAGAGAUUAAUGGAACAAAUUCUCUGGGGGAUUGAGGGAGUCAUAAUCUACCUUGACGAUGUUCUGAUCUUCGGAGAAAACGAACGAGAACAUGACGAUCGGUUGCAAGCGGUUCUGUUAGCAAUACGAAAAGCUGGUAUGGUCUUAAAUGCUAAAUGCGUAAUCCGAGUGACAGAAAUCGAGUUCGUGGGCUAUUCAAUCGGAGCCGGGGGCAUACGACCGACAGCGGGAAAUAUGAGGGCUAUCGAGGACCUCCCGGAACCGAGGAAUGCGUCACAGAUUAAAUCGGUCCUGGGAACUACUAGCUUCUAUAUGCGCUGCGUGCCCAAUUUUUCAACUAUCGCGGAGCCACUCAGGCGCCUUCUCAAGGCAGAUUCCCCAUUCGUCUGGGGUAAAGAACAAGGUGACGCGUUCAAGAAACUAAAGAAUGAAAUUGUCAAUGCCAAACCACUGGCGGUGUUUGAUCAUACCAAGGAAACCAUCGUCGCAACGGAUGCAUCUAAUGUGGGUUGCGGCGCAUGUUUGUUGCAGGUGCACGCUGAUGGCGAGAGGCCGGUAUCUUUCGCAUCAUGCGCACUGAGUGAUGCGCAGAUGAAAUAUUCCGCUGGGGAGAAAGAAGCGCUGGCAGUGGUAUUUGCGGUCGAACGAUGGCGAAUUUUCUUAUACGGCCGGAGAUUCAGAGUACGAACUGACCAUCAAGCAUUGGUGGCAUUAUUGGGUUCGACAACAAGCGUGAGGGCUUCGAUGAGAAUCGCGCGAUGGGCAGAACGACUGAGGGAAUACAACUUCUCGGUAGAGUACAAACCAGGAGCCAAUAAUAACGUACCGGACAUGCUCUCCCGCUUGCCUACCAACGAAAGAUUCCAAACUCAGGGGGAUGACGAUAAGGUCAUUGCGUUCCUAGAAGGGCUGUUGAAGCCAAUAAGUUACAUGGAAAUAGCAGCACAAUCGGAGUCGGAUACAGAGUUGAUCAACGUUCGUAAAUGGCUGAUAACUAACAAUAGAGAGCUCGUGAAAAGGGUCUGGUGGCCGAUAAUCGCUGAGCUGAGCGUAGAAAAUAUGAUUGUGAUGCGGAGUAACCGGGUGGUUCUUCCCGUAAGCCUCCGGCAAAGGGCUAUAGAUAUAGCGCAUAGAGAUGCCCAUCAGGGAAUUGUACGUACAAAACAGCGGCUACGACAAAUUUACUGGUGGCCCGGGAUGGACAGCGACACGGAACUGGCCAUCAAGAAUUGCGGGAUCUGCUCCAGCAGCGAGCGAACUGCCACGGCUCGGACAGCACCCAUUGUUACGACGCCAUGGCCUAGCUCCGCAUGGGAAAGAUUGGCUGUCGACAUCAGAGGUCCAGACUCAUCCUGUGGUCUACAAUGUCGUUUCGCAGUGGUCAUCAUCGACUACUUCUCAAAAUGGGUCGAAGUUGAACUCAUGGCGGAAGUCACCGCUCAUAAACUAGUCGAGAUGUUCCGUAAACUAAUCCAUCGUGAAGGAAUACCUCAAGAAAUAGUCAGCGACAAUGGCGUGCAAUUCAUCAGCCAAGAAUUCACGAAGAUGAUCGAAGAAUUCGGAAUCAAACACAUCAAAACCCCCGUUUACCACCCAAUGAGUAAUGGACUAUGCGAACGUUUUAAUCGAACAUUGGGGGGUUUCCUCGAAACGGCGAAACACACCGGAGGAGAUCUACGCAAGAAACUCGUUGAAAUGAUUGGGGCAUACAAUUCCACGCCACAAGCAACGACGGGGAAAUCGCCGGCGGAACUGAUCCAUGGUAAACGAAUGCGAACGAAGCUCGACAUCACGAACCAUCAGAAAGAAUACACCGAAGAACACGAAACCCUCCGACAGCAGAUCGCGGCGAAACAACUGAAACAGAAGAUCUAUGCAGAUCAACGCCGAGCGGCGAAACAAGAAGAGUACAACGUGGGAGACUGGGUUAGAACGAAGAAACCGCAAGCGAAAAAGGGUGAAACUCGCUACAAUCUACCCGCCCGCAUCGAACGCCGUUAUGGAAAAAAUACCUUCAAAAUUUCAGACGGACGCAUAUGGCAUCAAAACCAGUUCAUCCGGGGCAAACCCUCAAUCGGAGCGGCCACCGUAAGACAGCAAACCGUUCAGGGGGCACCAGAGCACCCCGUGUGGUAUGGAAGCUUGAAUUGCUUCGACGACGAAGAAAAUGCUGAAGUUGUGGACAACGAGCAAGACCCCGGGGAGGAAAGUCGAACGGGAUCCGCGAGUCAGCCGAAAGUCGACAGGUCGGGAUCAAACAGCGUUGGUGGCUCUCUCGACGCAGAUCACACUGAAGCGGUUCAGACGAUCAACGAACAGCCGGAAGAUAUCUGCGACGAAAAGGAGCCCGAUACAGAUCACAUUACACAACCGGUCGACGACGGUUCGAUGAAAAAGAUCGAGCGGGCGCCAACCAGAGACUCGAGUGCGAUGGAAGUAGAAGAGGGAGGGCUCGCCGAGUGUCCGUCGGACGAAGAAUUUCACGAUGUAGAAACAACACCAAGGGCCGCUCAAAAGGCGGCCGUCAAGAAGCGAACGGCGGAAGACCCAAAUACCCCGGAGACCUGCAUACGGAAAGCCUCGCACCGAAUCAGGAAACGACCGAAAUACUUGGAUGACUACGUAUCCAGAUAA